CCUUAUUCGCCAAAAAAUAAUCGUUGUGUGUGGACGUGUUUCCGUCUGUUCCUCCACUCAUUUUGUUGUGGUUUUUUGCGAGCGAGCGAAGGACCUCAGCGGCCGUAUUUAAAUGAAAACAACAAAAGCAACGUCAGUAGCAGCGUCAAAGAUCGAGCAAAGCAGUCAACAAAAAAUAAAUCAAGUUCAAAAUCUAUAAGAAUUCAACAACAACAGUAGGAAAAAUUACUAAAAUGUCGGCGACCAUAGUACAGAAAUCGACGACAGUUGGAAAUUCGCAUUAUUUCGAGUGCGGCGACAUAUUCCAGGCGGUGGCCAGCGAUCGUGAUCGCGAUCAUCUCCAGCAGCAGCAGCAGCAACAGCAGCAGCAACAGCAGCAGCAGGUGGAGCUUGUCCUGGACAGGAGCAGCAUGGAGCAACAGCAGCAUCGCCUGCAUGGCGCCCUCACACGAACCAUUUCACAGCCGGCCCAGCAGCAUCGCCAGCAGCAGCAGCAGCAGCUCCUCCAGCAACAGCAGCAGCAACAGCCAGUGGCCAAUCUGGUGACCAUCAUUGAGAAUCUGGGCAACAUGAAUCUGCACCGCAAGCUGGAGCGUACACAGUCGGAGCCACUGCCGCAGCAGCCCAUGAACACGUCCAGAUACAAGACGGAGUUAUGCCGUCCCUUUGAGGAGGCCGGCGAGUGCAAAUACGGCGAAAAGUGUCAGUUUGCUCAUGGCUAUCAUGAGCUGCGCAAUCUGCAGCGUCAUCCCAAGUACAAGACCGAAUACUGUCGCACCUUCCACAGCGUUGGCUUCUGCCCCUAUGGGCCACGCUGUCACUUUGUCCACAAUGCGGAUGAGGCACGUGCCCAGCAGGCGGCCCAGGCAGCCAAGUCGUCAUCCUCGUCUGCUUCUCAGACGCAGCAGACACAGUCACAGCAGCAGCAGCAGCAGCAGCAACAAUCGCAGCCGCAGUUCUUCUCAACGAAGAACAGUCAGAGCCAAGUUAAUAACCACAACAGUAGCAACAGCAACAACAGCAGCAGCAGCAACAACAACAGCAGCAGCAGCAGCAGCCAGUUCUUCCUGCCGCUAAGCCCACCGCUAAGCAUGAGCACUGGAUCCGAUCGCGAAUCCCCCACCGGAUCCUUGUCGAUGAGCCCCGCCAAUUCGCUGACCAGCUUCCCCUUCCACGAGGCCAUGUCGCUGCAGCAUCGCAUGAAUCUGGCCCAGGGCAAUGGUGGUGCUAGCAAUAGUUCCGCCUCAUCCACAUCCUCGGCCUCGGGCCUGGGACUGGGCAUGGUUAUGGGUCUGGGACAGAGCCUGGGACAGACCACGCCACCGGAAUCACCCAAUGUACCCAUCUCGCCGGUGCAUACACCGCCGCCAUACGAUAUCGAUGCGAUUGCCGGUAAGCAAAUGCUUCAGAAGAGUGUCAGCACACCGAUGCAGCAGGAGGAGUCACAGACACAGCCCAGGCUGCCGGUUUUCAAUCGUCUUAGCUCAGCGGUUGAGGGCUACCAGCAGCAGUCCAAUUUGGGGCUUUAAGAAAAACAAAUAACCCCAAAAAAACAAACAAAAACAAACAAAAACAAACAAAAAACUCAUAUCCUUCCUUCCAAAACCCCCAUCCAAAAGUGCAUCCCUCCAUCGACAUAAUGAAAGCACACAAAGUAGCAGAAUCCUUUGACAACAAAAUCUCAGCAAGAACACGACCACAACAACAACGGACAUUUUUGGAGCAAUAACAGCAGGGAAAAGUGAAAAUGAGAUCCAGAGAACUUGAACCUAAACCCGCACCUGAAACUGAACCUGAAAACCCUCUAUCGAAGGGCUGGAACUUUUGGCUUUUGUUUAAAUUAUUCAACAAAAAAAAAAAAAAAAACGGAAGCAGGGAACUUCAAUUCCCAACUCCAGAGAUGAUCUUAAAUCUGAUUUCUCUCAAGCUGUGACA